AUGUCUAAUAUUUCUAAACUUGAAUUUUUUGCCUUGAACAUUUCGGGCAAAGGAUACUCGUCUUGGAUACUAGAUGCUGAAAUCCACUUGGAUACAAUGGGUUUGGUAGAGACCAUCAAAGAUAAUAAUCAGGCAUCCAGUAAAGAACGUGCAAAAGCUAUGAUCUUUCUCCGUCACCAUCUUGACGAGGGGUUGAAAAUGCAAUAUCUCACUGUAAAAGACCCCCUUGUACUAGAAAACGUCACUGAACAUGAUAAGCUUGAGAAAACAUACUCCACAUUUUCUGCCUCGAGUAUGCUCCUGCAGCAGCAGUAUAGAGGAAUGGAUUUUAAAAAGUAUUCUAAAUUACUUUCGCAUCUUCUUAUUGCUGAACGACAUAACGACCUUUUAAUAAAAAAUCAUGAAAGUCGACCUGUUGGUUCUAUGUCACUCCCUGAAGUGAAUCAGGCAAAUUAUUACCAACGAGAAAGAGGUCAUGGCUCCUAUCGUGGUCGUGGCACCGAUCAUGGUCGUGAUCGUGGUCGUAAAAUGAAUUAUAAUCAUGAUGGUCGUCUUGCACCGAAAAAUGACUAA